CAGUAUUAUGCUUGGAUAUUUGGUUUUUCCAAGAGCUGACCUAAAUAUGAAUCUGGACAUUACAUACUAUAGGAUUGUUUGGAGGAGUGUUACGUGUUCGUCUUCUACCCGUCUCACUGUUUCACCUGAAAUAUAAAGGCAAUUUAGAAUUAGAACCGAAGAUUUAGACUUCUCCUCACUCUGUCAGCAUAUAGGUGCGUCCGUAAAAUCUUUGUCAUUUCAUGAAUCUGAUUUUAAAAUAUAAGUAU